AUGCCUGACCGAAACUUAAUUCGGCCAUAUUUGGGUUCUAGCAAGAGGGUAAUGUCGCGAGAGCCUGAAGGACUGGGACCUGACUCGGCAGCAUGGAAUUCGAUGAUUAGUGGGGAUGCAAAGUUUGGGAAGAAGAUUGAAGCUUUUAACUUCUUCAAGAAAUUGCAGUGUUUUCAGAUUGCCCCAGGUCUAAAGGCCAUUACUGGUGUAUUACAAGUUUGUGCAUCGAUAUCUGCUCUCCAAUCUGGAAGAUUCAUGGGGAAGCAAUUAGAAUUGAUGUUCAUACGAAUUUAUGGCUACCGCACGCAUUGA